UUCGACAAAAAUUGAGACAGCGAAGCGAUGACAAACGGUUGGUGAUCCGAUCAUAAUGUAUAAUUCUGAGUAAGCUGAAAGUUACACUCGCGCGUUGUUAUUCAUUCGUUUCAUUUGUAAACAGUGUGAUUGUUUUAAUUUUAGUUUGAGUUGGAACCGCAUUCAUGGUUGUACUCCGCCCGAUUCGGUGGCUGUCCAGCGACGUACGGACAAGGACGCAUCGACAUCCGUCGGUUCGUUCUUUUCGAUCUUGGUGUGGUUAUGUUAUGUUCGGAAUCGGAAGGAGUGGAGAGGUUUACUACACUUACACAGCGUUUAUUUGUGAUCUUCAGUGGGGAAAUCCAAUUAAUUAUGUCAGUUAUAUGAGUACAUUGACUUAUACGUUCUGUUUGGCGUGUCAGCUUUUCUUUAGGGCAUCAAUCUGCGAGGAACUCACCCGAAGGGCCGAACAAACUGGUACUCUGAUGACCGAAAUCUCGCAGUUCGAGAUUGGUGACGAUAUUGAAUUGCGAAUUCAAAAUUUUAUUUUCGGGGUGCUGCACAAUAACUUCAAGAUUGAAAUAUUCGGAUUGUUUGCAAUCAAUAUGCAACAUGUGCUACAGUUAGUUGCAACUAUGACAGGAUACCUCAUCAUACUUAUCCAGGUUGAAUUAACGAAAUAAAUAAAUUUCGGUUAUGACCAUUUUCAGUAGAA